AACUUGCAUAUACGGAGAAUAAAAAUGGAUAUUCCACCUCCUUUGGUUGUUGAUAACGGAACUGGGUUCGUCAAGAUCGGUUAUGCAGGGUCUAACUUCCCCGAGCAUGUCUUCCCUUCAAUUGUCGGACGGCCCAUCCUUCGUGCAGAAGAGCGCGCGAGCGGGACGGUCAUCAAGGACAUCAUGGUCGGCGACGAGGCUGCUGAGAACCGGAACUACCUCCAGAUCUCCCACCCCAUGGAGCACGGCAUCAUCCGUAACUGGGACGACAUGAAGAUCCUUUGGGACUACACGUUCAACGAAGUCAUGCAUGUUGAUCCCCGGGGGCGGAAGAUCUUGCUCACCGAGCCGCCUAUGAACCCCAAGGUCAACAGGCAAAGAAUGUGCCAGGUUAUGUUUGAGGAGUAUGGGUUCCAGGGAGUGUACAUCGCCAUCCAGGCAGUAUUGACGCUUUACGCACAAGGUCUGACCACCGGUGUUGUCGUCGAUUCCGGCGAUGGUGUCACGCACAUAGUGCCCGUGUUCGAAGGCUUUGCUCUAUCCCAUCUCACACGGCGGCUCGAUAUUGCCGGCCGCGACGUCACGCGCUAUCUUAUCAAGCUCCUGCUGAUGCGGGGAUACGCAUUCAACCGAACUGCGGACUUUGAGACAGUGCGACAGAUAAAGGAGAAGCUAUGUUAUGUCAGCUAUGACUUGGAUUUGGACCAACGCUUGGCUGAGGAGACAACCGUGCUCGUGGAGAACUAUACUCUGCCGGAUGGUAGGCAAAUCAAGGUCGGUUCCGAGCGCUUUGAGGCUCCUGAGUGCCUGUUCCAGCCUAGCCUGGUCGAUGUCGAACAGCCCGGCAUGGCAGAGCUCCUUUUUACGACCAUCAACUCUGCGGCCCUCGACGUCCGCUCGGAAUUAUACAAGCACAUCGUCCUGUCUGGAGGCUCGUCGAUGUAUCCAGGCUUACCGUCGCGCUUGGAGAAGGAGAUGAAGCAGUUGUAUCUGACUCGCGUCCUCAACGGCAACCCUGAGCGCCUAAACAAAUUCAAGAUCCGCAUCGAGGAUCCACCUCGACGAAAGCACAUGGUUUUCUUGGGCGGUGCCGUCCUUGCAGAUAUCAUGAAGCAAAGGGAGGAGUUCUGGAUCACAAAGGAGGAGUGGGAAGAGCAGGGUAUCCGAGCAUUAGAUAAACUUGGUAGGGGCGACUAAGAUGGGUGGAUAUUGUGAACGUGUACUCGUGUGAGAUGGUAGCAAU